AUGGAAAGCAUCAGCGGGGAAACAGACUGGGACGGGUUGGCCCUCUCCUCUCUGGCAGCCACAGGAAGGAACAACCUCUCUUCCUCCUCAUUCUUCUCCGAAUUCAACUCCCUCAACAGUUCUCAUAGCGGGGGGUCCUUCUUUGGGAUCUUUGCUGAGAAUGUGUCGGCCACCACACCUCACACUCUGCCUCAGCCCAGGGUGAGGGACCUGGGCCUGGCCCGCGCCGAAAUCGCAGUGCUGGGGUUGGUGCUGGCCCUUACCACCCUGGGGAAUAGCUUUGUGCUGUGGGUGCUGCUGAGGAGGAGGAAACACAACGCACCCAUGCACCUUUUCAUGGUCAACCUGUGUGUGGCUGACCUGGUGGUGGCUCUGUUUCAGGUUCUUCCCCAGUUGGUGUGGGACAUCACGGAGAGGUUCCAGGGGCCAGACGUGCUCUGCCGGUCCAUAAAGUACUUGCAAAUUGUGGGCAUGUUUGCCUCCUCCUACAUGAUAGUUGCCAUGACGGUGGACCGACACCAUGCCAUCUGCUGCCCGCUGCAAGCCUAUCGAGGCGGAGCAGUGUCCCGUUGGAAUACCCCUGUCAUGGUGGCCUGGGCUCUGGCGCUGGUCUUCAGCAUACCGCAGGUGUUCAUCUUCUCUCGCUCAGAAGUGGCUCCUGGAGAGUUCGAGUGCUGGGGUCACUUUGCUGAGCCGUGGGGCCUGAAGGCCUAUGUCACCUGGAUGACCGUGGCUGUCUUCCUCUUGCCUGCCCUCAUCAUCACCAUCUGUCAGAUAAGAAUCUUCCGGGAAAUCCACAAUAACAUCUACCUGAAGUCGGAGCGAGUGGUGACGGCCGAGCUGAAGAAGAACGAAGUCUUCUUUCGUUUCCACAGCUUUAAAAAGGAGGACGAGCGGGCCAGGGAGAGGGGGAGACAGGCAUCUGGAGGUGGCGGAGGCAGGGAUGGCAGAGGAGGACAGUUCUUAAAGGGUGUGAAUAACAACCCCGCAGGCCCACAUAAUAGCACCCAUAAUACCCAGGUGGGAGAGUGUUACAGCUACGUAACACCAGCUGCCCAGUACAGCAGUUGCCAUGGUGAGCAUGCAACAACAACAACAACAUCAUCAUCAACAGAACAAGCGUUCAACAGCUCCGAGAACCCCACCAAACCUGCGACCGACACAGCCUGUGACUCCCCAAACGGGCCCGUCGACAGCUGCUACUGCCAGGACUCCUACGCUUCUUAUGAGCUGGCUGCAGGCUGUCCCAGGGGCUCCCCUCGCUGCUCCCUUGACUACGUGCCCCCUCACCCACCUGCCACCCCUCCCCCGAGCAUCACCAAGGCCAUGUCCAAGACGGUGAGGAUGACCCUGGUCAUUGUGUUGGUCUAUACCAUCUGCUGGUCGCCGUUCUUCAUCGUCCAGCUGUGGGCUGCCUGGGACCCCAACCCUCCGGACCAAGGUGUGGCCUUCACUAUCCUGAUGCUGCUGGCCAGUCUGAACUCGUGCACCAACCCGUGGAUCUACACGGCCUUCUCCAGCAGCGUUUCCAGAGAGCUGCAGAGUCUGCUGCGCUGCCGGCCGCGACCUGGCCGCCGGGGCUCGCUGCCCGACGACUCCACCACCACACACACCUCCACCACCAAGGACAGCCUGUACUGACAAAGACAGACACAUGCAUGUUUGAAAAGGCAUGCAUGUU